CACAAACACGUACUUUAUACGGUUGACCGGUCUUGAGAGCUUUUCUCUCUCCAAAUUGCAGAAACCUGUAAUUCUGGAAAUCGGUUGCUUGAUCCACGUAGCUAGGACCUCUGGCUUUUAGGCCUUUUGAGUUCUUCCCGCCCAUGAUGGGGAAGAACAAGAAGAAUGGAGCAAAGGGCAAAAUGGGUCCGUCUACAUCCAAGGAUGCAGAACCUAAGAGUACUCAAAUGGAUACUUUGGGAAACAUGGAACAAAGGAAAAAUGCAGUAGUUGUUGAUUUGAACAAGGAGAUUGUGGAGGAUGUUGAAGUAUGCAGGGAGUCCAGUGAAGAAAACCAAACACAAGGAGAAAGAAAAGAUGGAGAAGCAGAGUUGUUUAAGGCACAUAAGGUUACUGAUAAAUUGCCCGAACCAACUAGAGGUGCUGGAACGAAAUCAUCCUGGGCAGGUUUGUUUAAAGACAACAGAGCACCCUCAAAAGGACUAAAGCUACGAUACAUAGAACCAGAGGGUGACUUCGUAGACCUAUCAGAUGGAACACUAUGUGACUUAAUCUCAAUUUGGGGCUACUGCUUAGUAGGCUGCUUCACCGGGGACUUUCCUGGGAUGAGAGCUAUACACAAUCUUAUGGAAUCAUGGGGAGUAAGGUGUAAGCUUCUACCACAUAAAAAAGGUUGGGUGAUUUUUCAAUUCAAGAGUGAGGAAGAUAGAACAAAGGUUUUGAUGGGAGGUCCGUACAUGGUGUUAGGCCGAUCACUAAUGCUGAAAAACCUUCAACAAGGCUUCAGCUUUGAAGACGAAGAAUUUUUAAAGGUUCCCAUCUGGCUCAAACUACCUCACCUACCUAUGGAUUGUUGGAGUGAGGACUCAGUUAGUAAGAUAUCAUCUAGGCUGGGCAUGCCUAUCUUUACGGAUGGAGUUACAAGUGAGAAGACAAUGUUGAAUUAUGCUAGAGUUUUGGUGGAAGUAGAUGUGUCCAAACCUCCACCACUUUUUGUUGAUAUAAAAUUGCCAAAUGGGAGGAAAAGGAGGCAGUUCGUCAUAUACGAGACUUUCCCAGACUAUUGCUUCCAUUGCAAAAAAUACGGUCAUCAUGCUUUUACCUGCAAGGUGCUCCACCAGCUUGAAAGAGAAAAGGAGAUAGGGGAGGACCAUGCAAUUACAUCUGUGCAAGUCAUAGAUGAUCAACCUCAGGAGGCCAUGUCCAUAGCUAAAUGUCCUAUCAAAAAAAGGGGGGAAAUAAUUGAAGAGGAAGCAAAGAGUGCAGGCAUCCAGACGACACAGGAGGGUGGAAAUACCCAAAAGGAAAUAGGUCAUACUAGUGCGAAAACAGCCCCACUAUCCAAACUUGUAGGAGAGACAAGGAACACUGAUGCGAAAGUAGUGGAAAAUGGGCCUGAGAAGCUUAAGAGGGCUGGAACAGUUCCAAAUGAGGGUGGCACUUUGGCUAAUAAUAAUAGGGCGGUUCCUGUGAAGAAGAUAAUAGAUGGCAGUACAACCAAUAAGGCGAAUUCAAGUGGUGUCACUAAAUUGGGUCCAAAUGGAUCAAUGCCUGAGGCACACAGGAACAUUAAACUUGAUAAAGGGGUGAAUGGGAGCUACACAGCCUCUACCAGUAUUAAAUGAAGAUCUUAUCCUGGAAUGUAAGAGGCAUGAAUACUGCCUCUAAACAAAACACUAUUGUACAGUAUAUUAGAAAGCAUAAUAUUGUUUUUAGUUCACUCUUGGAAACUAAACUUAGAGAUGAAGGUAAGCUGAAAGAGUUUAUCGAAAAGAAGUUGGGAGGAUGGAUUUACGAAAGCAAUUUCAAUCAUAUGGAGGGUGGAAGGAUGGGGGUCUGUUGGGACCCAACUAGAGUUUCAUGCGAAGUUCUUGAUAAGGGAUCCCAAUUUAUCCACUGCAAGCUAAAGUGUAUGAUAUCACAGCUUCCAUUUCUUGCUACCCUUGUGUAUGCAGUAUAUACUGUCAGGGAGAGAAGGAGGUUAUGGGAUCAUAUUCUAAACCUUGGGAGGUCUAUUACAUUGCCUUGGAUCGUCUUGGGAGAUUUCAAUUGUGUGUGCUCACCAGAAGAGAGGUUAGGGAGUGAUGAACCUCUAGCUUACCAGAUGACUGACUUGGUAGAUUGUAUGAAUCUACUAGAGUUGGAGGACGCAACUGCAUCUGGUGAUUUGUUUACUUGGAGGAGAAAUCAGAAGUGGGCCAAACUUGAUAGGGUUUUAGCCAACCAGUGUUGGAGAGACCAAAGACUUCUAUGUCAUGCUGAAUUCUUGGGAUUCGAUGUGGCGUCUGACCAUUGCCCUGUUGUUGUUAAUUUGGUGAGGAACGAGGAAGGCGGAUGCAAGCCUUUCAAGUUCUACAACAUGUGGAUGAAAGCACCUAAAUUUAAAUACAUUUUGAAUGAAGUUUGGGAUAUGCCAGUGGUGGGUAACCGACAAAAGAUCCUUUGCGCGAAAUUGAAGAGUUUGAAAGGCCCUUUGAAGCAACUAAACUGGAAUGAGUUCUCUCACAUCUCUUCAAGAGCCAGUAAAGCUAAUGAGGAGUUUGAAGUAGCUCAUAAACGCCUCUUGGAUGAUCCCUCAAACCCUCAUCUGUUGGAAACUGUCAACACCUUAAGGCAUAAAGCUUUGUUUUUAGGGGACGCUGAGAAGAUAUUCUUUCAGCAAAAAGCAAAAGCAACGCACCUAAUGGAGGCUGAUAGAAGCACCAAAUACUUUCACUCCAUAUCAAAGAAGAAUGCGGCUAGGAAUACCAUUGCAUUUAUCACAAAGAAGGAUGGUGAACCCACUACUUCUCUGUCAGAAGUGGCAAAAGAAUUUGUUGGUUUCUUCCAGGAGCUCUUUGGCACUCCAUCAAUCUGCAUUCCAGCUCGUGAACAGGUUAUUAAGAAGGGAAGAUUAGUUUCCACAGAGAUGGAGGAUUUCUUGU